AAUCCACACAACAAAAAAAAAUUAGACUUAGCAACACAUCCACACUACCAAACCACAAAACAAAAAAUGUCUUCUACUCAUUUUAUUUCAUUCCUUUUCCUUUCUCUUUUAAUUUCCGGUAUCUUUUCGGACCUUAACGCGGAUAGAGCCGCUCUACUCCACCUGAGUGCGGCCUUCAGAGGCCGCACUCUUAGGUGGAACGCAACCAAUUCAACCCCAUGCUCAUGGGAAGGUGUCAAAUGUGAUACUACAAUCAACCGUGUUAUUGAACUCCGUCUCCCCGGAUAUGGUCUAUCCGGUGAGAUGCCCUUAAAUUCCAUCGGAAACUUAACUGAACUCCGUACUCUCAGCCUUCGGAGUAACUCUUUAUCCGGUCUUCUUCCUCCUGACAUAGGUUCAUGCACCGAGCUACGCAUACUUAAUUUGGAAAACAACAACUUCUCUGGUUCAAUUCCAACUACUUUUUUCAAUCUGAACAAUCUCAUACGCGUGAGUCUUUCAGGGAACAGAUUCUCCGGUGAGAUAUCAGACGCGUUUAACAAUCUGACUAGGAUGAGAACUCUGUAUUUGGAGAAUAACAACUUCUCUGGCUCACUUCCUGAUUUGAAAAACCUCUCACAGCUCAAUGAAUUCAAUGUGUCUUUCAAUAGAUUAACCGGUUCAAUCCCUUCGAGUUUAAAUCAAUUCUUAGCUUCUUCAUUUCUCGGAAAUUCACUCUGUUGCUCUCUUAGUCCUUGUCCUGAAAACAAUAACAUCACCAAUCAAUCAGAUAAACUUUCAAGUGUAGCAAUAGCUGGAAUAGUAAUUGGCUCGAUUAUCGGAUUCUGCAUACUACUAUUAGUUUUGUUUAUGUCAGUGAGAUCAUUUUAUAGGAGCAAAAAAAGUUUCCGUCAAGUGAACGUGUCUCCUACACCGAAUCAAGUAGUUUCGAGUCCUCAUGAUUCAAUAGUGACAGAGAAUCAUGAUAUCGAAACUGUUUAUUCGGAUAGAAAAGAUAGCAAGAGUAGAGUUUGUGAUGAUAGGACAAAAGGUAUGGUAUAUUUUGGGGAAAGUUUUGAGCUUUUUGGUUUGGAGGAUUUAUUGAUGGCGUCCGCGGAGGUAUUGGGGAAAGGGUUAACUGGAACUACUUAUAAAGCAUAUUUGGAUAGAGAUGUUGAAGUUGUUGUGAAGAGGUUGAGAAAUGUUUGUGUUUCAGAGGAGGAAUUUAGGGCGAAAAUGGAGGUAUGUGGAGGAAUUGGUCAUGGGAAUUUGGUGCCUCUUAGAGCAUAUUAUUAUGGAAGAGAGGAAAAGCUUGUUGUUUAUGAUUCUAUGCCUACAAGCUUGUAUGCUGUUUUGCAUGGCGGCGGAGUUUCAAAAGAAGCAUUGACAUGGGUGAUACGGAGCAGAAUUGCUUUAGGAGUUGCCAAUGGUAUGGAAUAUCUCCAUUCAUUAGGCCCUAAAGUCACUCAUGGCAACAUCAAGUCAUCUAACAUCCUCCUCACACACUACUACGAUGCAUAUGUAUCCGAAUUUGGCAUAACACAGUUGAUUUCCUCCACAUCGAACUCCAAAAUGACUGGAUACUACGCGCCUGAGGUGACAAAUAUUCGAAAUGUUUCUCAGAAAGCUGAUGUCUAUAGCUUUGGCACUGUUCUGUUGGAGCUCUUAACGGGUAAAAAUCCUAGUAGUGUCAUCAACGACGAGGGAAUUGACCUGCCUAAAUGGGUGAAAUGUAUAGUUCAAGAGAGGGGGACAACACAAGUGUUUGAUCCUGAGUUGAUUAGAUUUCAGAAUUGUGAUGAAGAGCAAAUGGUUUCAUUGCUGCAUCUUGCUAUUUCUUGUACAUCCCAGCACCCGGAAAGGCGGCCGCCUAUGGCUGACACUACCAGGAGGAUUAAAGAAAUUGUUAUGUGAGUUUUGUUAAUGUUUGAUCUUUUUUGUCCAAAUAAAGGUUAAGAUCAUAGUUUUAUUCAUAUCUCGAUUCAGCGGCAGGGCGAAUUUAUAGCUUAAAAAUGAGCACCUGAAUCGAUAGUCUCUCUGUAAAACUAGAUAUUUUAUGUAAAUAUAUAUUUUUAAGUAGUUAUCGCCAUGUUCUCGAAA